AUGUUUUUCACGGGCACGCUGCAGGAGGGCAUCUCCAAGGCACUUCAAGAGAGCAAACUCGUGGUUUGCUUCGUGACAGAUGAAGAGGAGGAGAGCACGACCUGGGAGAAUGAGUUCCUCACCGACGAGGCCGUUGCGCCCUUGGUCGAGAAGGACGCCGUGUCCUUGCGGCUCAAAGCCGGUUCUCAGGAGGCGGGCUACCUGGCCGCCAUAUUCCCCCUGCCCAAGAACCCAACCCUGGUUGUCAUAAAAAACGGAGAGUUGAAGGAGUACAUUUCCGCAGGCACGCCCAAGGACGAGUUCGUGAGGCGCGUCAGCGGGGCAUUCCACGCACAGGCGGCCGGUGCUACAACCACGACUGCCGAGACGCCAUCGUCGGAUUCCCAAACCCCCGGCGAGAACACACCGGCAUCAUCAAGCACCCCUUCAUCAUCAGAGCAGCAAGGUCAAUCCUCCGUGGCGGCCGCCACUCGUGAAGCCGAAGUGCGACGGCAGGCGGCCCGCAAGGAGCGAGAAGCAUCGGAGAAGCGCCGCAGAGAGAAGGAGGAGGAUCAGCAGGCCCAGGACCCGGUGAGGGCGAAGCAGAACGACGCCAAGAAGAAGGCGGCUCAGCAGCUCGCGGAGCGCCAGCGCCAGGCUCGGGAGGACCGGGCGAGAGUGCUGAAGCGCAUCGAGGAUGACCGGGCAGAACGCAAGGCCCGCGAGGAGAAAAAUCGCGUGGCAAGGGAGAUGGAACGCAGGGCGGCCGCAGGUGAGGACGUUGAGGAGAUCACCGCUGCCGCCGGAGAGCCCGCACCGACCGGUAUGUCACGCAUUCAUGACCAAUGCGCCCUGCAGGCUCGCCUGUUCGACGGUUCAACUAUUCGCACACGGCUACCCGCGAAGGCCACCCUGAGCCGCGACGUGAGGAAGUGGAUCGAUGAGAGUCGCACCGACGGGAGCCAGCCGUACUUAUUCAAGGUCAUCCUCACGCCGCUUCCGAACCGAUCUAUCGAUCCUGCGACGGAAGAGGAACAGACUCUUGAGGAGCUGGGCCUCACCCCGAACUCGACACUGGUGCUUGCACCUGUUGACCGGGCUGUGCCCGCAUACCCAAGCAUCAACGCCGGCCUGUACAACCUGAUCUCGCACCUGAUCGCUGCCGUGCUGGCGUUCAUCGGCGCCAUCCUUGGAAGCAUCACUGGCGCUGUCACAGGCUCUGGCAGCGCUGGAGACAACGGUGACAGUGGGGCCGGACAGCGGACCGCGCCAGAGCAGCAAGACCGCAGCCAGGGCCACACGACUGGGCGAGACGGGACCAGUGCGAGCCGGAUCCAGAGGUUCCAGAACCCGGAGGACAGGAAGAGGGACCAGCAGCUUUACAACGGAAACUCGCUGAACUUUGAGCCGAGAAAUGACGAAGAGGACAAGGACCAGUGA